UAUGAAUAUGCUCUCACAGUAGAUCAAGAGGCCCGCCUAAUAUGGAAAGGAAAGAUGUCGAUGUCUCCGGCCGUUUUUCUCAUUAAUCGUUAUGUGCCGCCAAUCUGGGUCAUUGCCGUCCUGCUUAGACGCGAGACUCAUGGUGAGCUCCGUGAAGCCUUCUCCGGUGUUCGUGUUUGGGCUUUGACUGGUCGGGAUUGGAGGCCAACAACAGUGACUUUAAUCUUUGGUAUAGUCCCGUUUGUCGCCAACGUGGUG